UUCAUGCAACUUCACUGUGCGCAACCGAGAUGACAUGAGCAACCAGCAGUUGACACGGAACAACAGUUCACAAUGUGAUGAUACGAAAAACAAAAUGUAAAGACUAAGCACCCACGUCCUACUUUAGUCUUGGAGAGUGACCGCGUCUUAGCCAUUUGAUAUUGCUGUUCUUGGAAGGGUGUGACUUUUAUCCACUCCAAACCUUUUUGGACUUGAACACUGAUCACAAUGCAGCAAUCAGACCCGGGACUCUAAUUCUCACGGCCCCUGGAGAGCCGUGAGAUCCCACGUACACCGCCCUUUCCGCGCAGUGCGCACGGGACAUCUGGCGAGCUUUUACGCACGGGCUGCAUUCAAUGCACUUACAUAGACAUGCAGAAACACUCUCAUCUGACAGCACAGCACUCUUUUCCGGUAUUUAUUGAUAUGAUGAAAUUUUAACAUCUAAUGUUACCACAGGGGACGCAACUGCAAGUUCCGCAUCUAUGUCGCAUGGCGAAAGUGAUCUAGAGCGACUACCUACUACUGUACUUACUGUAAAACCAAUCUCUGGUCAGUCAUGGAUGAAAAAUUAAAUAACCGUGAGUGCACUAACCUGUGCGUGCUGAACUGGGAGCAGGUGAAGCGUCUGGACACCAUCCUUACCGAAAGCAUCCCCAUUCACGGCAAGUGGAACUUUCCCACUUUGGAGAUGAAGCCUCGGGAUAUCGUGACAGUGGUGCGGUGUCGCAUGGAAGAGCGCAAGAUCCAUGUCCGGGAGGUCCGGUUGAACGGUUCCGCGGCCAGCCACGUCCUUCACGAGGACAGCGGUUUGGGCUACAAGGACCUGGAUCUCAUCUUUUGCGCGGAUUUGAAAGGAGAAGCGGAGUUUCAGACCGUUAAAGAUAUCGUUUUGGAUUCUCUCCUAGAUUUUUUGCCUGAAGGCGUAAAUAAAGAGAAAAUAACUCCUUUGACUUUAAAGGAGGCAUAUGUGCAGAAGAUGGUGAAAGUAUGCAAUGACUCAGACCGCUGGAGUUUAAUCUCACUAUCUAACAACAGCGGCAAGAACGUCGAGCUGAAGUUUGUCGAUUCCCUGCGGCGCCAGUUCGAGUUCAGCGUGGACUCCUUCCAGAUCCGCCUGGACUCUCUCCUGCUCUUCUACGAGUGCUCCGAGAACCCCAUGGCCGAGACCUUCCACCCUUCCAUCGUGGGAGAAAGCGUUUACGGCAACUUCGCUGUCGCCCUGGACCACCUGCAAAGAAAACUGAUCUGUACGCGAAAUCCCGAGGAGAUCCGGGGCGGAGGUUUGCUGAAGUACUGCCACCUGCUGGUACGAGGUUUCCGAGCCGCCUCUGAAGCCGAGAUGAAGGUUCUGGAAAGGUACAUGUGCUCUCGAUUCUUCAUCGACUUCUCGGACGUGGCGGAGCAAAGACGCAAGCUCGAGUCCUAUCUCCAAAAUCAUUUCGUGGGCUUAGAGGACCGUAAAUAUGACUAUCUGACCACGCUCCACAACGUCGUCAACGAAAGUACGGUGUGCCUGAUGGGCCACGAAAGACGACAGGCUCUGAGUCUCAUCACCAUGUUGGCCGUACGCGUGCUAGCCGAACAGAACGUGAUUCCCAACGUGGCGAACGUGACCUGCUACUAUCAGCCCGCGCCGUACAUCGCAGACGGCAAUUUUAGCAAUUACUACAUCGCUCAAGUGCAGCCGAUCUACGCCUGUCAGCCCACCCAUACCUUCUCACCGUGGUUGCCCUGCAACUAGCAGCUUUGAAAGAACAACACAUGUGCCGAUGACAUUUGUGUGCUCUACAGAGAGGAAAACUCUCCUCGCUGCGAGAAGAAGCUGCCGGAUGAAAGAUCAGAAAUAGGAAAGGAGAGUGAGGUACCUUGGAUUUGUUCCCAUGGGGCAGCACGUGGCAACUAGGCUUUACGUGGCAUCACGCCAGGCCUACAGAAGCACAACACUGGCUCAGAGUAAACACACUUUACAAGGAUCAUCUGAGUCAAAGCAGUAACACAAGGACACAAGAGUGGUCGUCUUUGUGUAUACAGUAUGUACAGUAUGCGUGUGUGUGUGUGUGUGAUGAUAGACAUACUUGAAGACUGGAUGAGAAACCUGCAAAGGGCAUACAGAAUAGCCAACAAACUCACACAUAAUGAACUGAAAUCAAUAAACCGGAUACCUUUGUCAGUCCAAGGAUAUUUUCUUAAAUACCCGCUGAUAUUAAAAAGCUUUCUCAAGUGCCUUAAAGUAAAGAAUGUUGGAGAUUAUUCAAUGUGUGUGUGUGAAUCUGCUGAAAUCAUGUUUAUGAUGUGUGUGUGUUUGUGUGUGUAUACAGUAGCAUUGAUCUUCACAAUGUACAAUACCAAAUGAAUGACUGAGCUGAUAAAAUAAAUGCCACUUAAUGAUGAAAUAAACACAUAGCCAUGUGUUACAUCAUCCAUGGCACAAUCCACAUUUGAAAAAUGUUUGAAAUCUUUACAUACGGUUUAUCUGUGUAUGCGACUGUAUGUAUAUGUUUUUCACGGCUUGCUGUCUUAUACACAGUAUCGGAACUGACCUCAUUGUACUGUUGGCUCAGCGCUGGCUUAGCUCAGAUUAAAAUGUCCAGGGCAUUGCCAUUAAAACUAAAGCAGAGAAGUAAAACGGAUUUAAUGGACGGGGACAUAUCAUUAAAAUCUGACUUUUCCACGUUUAAGUGCUUUAAGUGCUAUCAACCUAGAAAAUGUGAAUAAGAUCCAGUAACUUAGUUUUGGUAAACCAUUCUCUGCAAGCAUGUGAAAAAAUAGGUCAUUGAAAUUUGGCUCCCCUUGUGAUGUCAGAAGGGGAUAAUACCACCUCUUAAUCUGCACUAUUCAACCACGACACUGCCAUUUAUUGCAGAGCUCAUUUGCAUUUAAAAGGACUUACCAUAAAAAUGGCAAAUUUUUGCUAUAACAAAUGAUCUAUAUGGUGAAACUUUGGGGACACCAAAUAUUUAUUUGACAUCUUAAAGGUGCAUUGUGUAAAUUUUAGCAGCAUCUAGUGGUGAGGUUGCGAAUUGCAACCAACGGCUCAGUCCACUGCUCACCCCUCGCUUUUGAAACGCAUAGAGAAGCUACGGUAGCCGCCACCGGAAAAACAUGUCAUCGUCGGAGACGACUUUUUAGUAAAAAAAGUUUGUCCGUUAAGGGCUUCUGUAGAAACAUGGCGGCACAAAAUGGCAACUUCCGCGUAAGGGGACCCUUUGUGUAUGUAGAUAAAAAUGUUUCAUUCAUUAUGAAAAGGUCUUAAUACACCCCUGAUGAUAUAGUUUUGUAUAUUAUUUUGCAUUUUUGUCAAGAGAUCCUUCUAAAAAUUACACAUUGCACCUUUAAAAAAAGUUUUGUGAAAUGGCCCCUUUAAGUCCGAAUAGUUGUUGUUACAUCCAGUUAACUCGCUGUCUUUCUAUCGGCCUAAUUUCACACAGCCACCAAAUCCAGUGAUUACACCUUUGACCUGCAUAUCCUGAGAGAUUAAAACCAGCACUGAGAACCUGAAUCUCAAUAUUAGUGAACUGUGCAUUAUAAGGUAUACACAUCAGUAUGUGUGUUGCCUGGGAUUUGAACCUGAGCCUAAUAUUUUUUCCUCAAACGUACAUACAUGCGAUUCAUAAAACAAACAUGUGUGCAUUUUUAAAUCUCCACUUUUAAAUGAUGCCUAAUUAAUUUCAUUGCAUAUAAAAGAGCACCUGUCAAUGUUUAAAUCCUUUAUGAGCAGAAAGUAAGACUUUAAAUCCAAAAACGUGCAGCGAUUGGACAAGCAAAAGUGUGCACGUCUGCUCAGGCCCUGACUUGGCGCUAGGCACUUUUCCAUGUCAAAUACAGUUUUUAUAAAUAUGGAGAUUUUGCAUAUGCACACUUUAAAUCUGUGCAUAAAUGAGGCCCUUGCACCUAAAGAGUACCUCAAAGGUACAUAUCGGUACCUAAAUAGGACCUUUUUAAAGGGACGGGGAGCAAUUUUUGACAAAAUUUUUUAUACCAUUAAAUCUGGCCUUAAAACUUAUUUUUAUCGUCUGGCAUUUGACGCUAUGCGAGAGCUGAUUUCUUUUAUUGUGUCUUGAUGUAUUUGUUCGUGGUGUUGACUGUUUGUAUCAUUGCUAUUUUCAUUCAUUUUGUGUACAAACACUUGCUGUUUAAAAAAAAGCUUUAUAAAUAAAUUUUUACUUUUGACUUUGAUAAAAUCUGAUUCUGAGAACUUGAAUAUACUGCAUUUUGUAAGUAUUAGGGGCUUUUAUAGAUAAAUUCACUUAAAUUGAUCAUAAAGAGACUUUCUCUUAUUUUUCUACUAUAUCUUCUAUUUUUGUAUAUUGUGAUGUUUGUGCAGAUGCAAGGGCCAUGUUUUGGACUUUAAUUGUUUAUGCUGUGAAAAGCAACUCUUGAGGUUUAUGGGUCGAAAAUAAACCCAAGAAUCUGUGCAGCAAAUUCUCCACAAAUGUAGAGUAUUUAAAGGCACGAUUUCCCACAGAAAUAACACGCCGGGGUGCUCACAGGAUGAAUGUGUCUCCGUCAAUGUGUAUUUUAUCUACUAAAUUAAAUGUGCAUGUGAAUUCAGAUGUGGAUUUCGCAACACAGCAUGUAUUUCAAACAUAAAUGAUUCAUUAAAUUGUGAUUAAAAAUUCUCAUCGAAUUAAUUGUAUGUUUGUACGCAUCAAAAGCUUGCAAACAAGUUCGCAUCUUCACUUGUUGUUUUGUUGCUGGCCUGUAGAUUAUCACAUCCUGUUGUGGUUUUCACAAAACCAAUUGAUGAUAAACUGAUAUGAUGUUGAACAGCGUCGAUUCGGUUUGAACAGUGGGGGGUUGAAGUGUUAAUCGUACAUGUGCUUCCAUAAUCAUUGUAAAAAUUUGCUGCAAAAUUGGUGUUGCAUUUGCAAGUUUUGAUUAUUGGGGGUUUACCUACCCACGUGAUGUUAGUAGAGCUUACGCAUAAUGAUAAAGCCCAGCAGGCGUUUGCCCCUGGCACUGUUAACCAUACAGUAACAUUGGUUACUGGUGGUUGACCAGACUCACUAGCUGACCCUCUGGUGAAACCAGCCCAAAAUCAGCAAUAAACCAA